AAUUGGUGACUUGUGAAAGAUACCGAAUCUCCUGUCAUGCAUCACGUUUCGUCUCGCCUUGUAUUUCCUCCCACGAAGGGAUCUUUCUCUCUAUGAUUUUUUUUUCGCGUUGUCGAAUUUCUUUCGGUUCGAUCGUCGUUCGAUCAAGUCCGUUCCAUUCCGUGAAUACAUUUUCGCAUUGAGAGCAGGAGAUUAUUGCGUCAUUUUGUGUCUCGCUCUUGCGCGGAGACAUAACCUCGCGUGAGGACGCGUUUUCGAGAAUUGAACGACGAGAAGCUGCGUGUCGUGCAACCCGAACGGAGACGUGUCGGAAGCAUGUUAAAAGUCACCGGUGACGGCUAGCAAGAGGAAGAAAAAAACCCUCGUUUUUUUGGGAGAUACUUGUUUCUUUUUCAAGGACGACAACAGGAAAAAUAUACGUAUCUGCGUAUUUCUUUGAUGGAAAGCUCGUAAACACGUGAUUGAACAACCCCGAGAAGGAACCAGGAACAGAAAGGGUAAAUCUGCAUUUUACAUGUUCUCGCCAUCGUCAGCUUUACGAGCAUGUUGACGCGGGUAUUCGUCAACCGGGUCACCGACCUUCUCGACGAGUGUAAAACUACGGAAAUCAUACAACUUUUGAAGGAGGAUCGCCUGAUCACUGAAAGUGGCUUGAGCGACAUCGUGUCUGCCGUCGUUCCGAAUCUCACGAGCUCCGCGUCACGACAGAAGAAAGCGUCGUUUGAUUGCUGUUCAAACGUAUUGACGUUCAUAGCUGAGAAUUGUGAGGCCACCGUAGCCGUAAACGUAUUCCCGAAACACUUGAAGCACGCGAGCGAUCAUGUGCAUUUCUGUACCAUCCUGGAUGCAAUGCGUUCUUGCCUGAUGAGGAUAGAAAGGAAGGAUAGAGUAAUUUUUCGGUGCUUGAAAUCCAUCAAAAGCUACAAUAAAGCUCUACCACUGCCAGACGAAAUUGAUGAUCCGGAUGAUCCAGUGAUCGACAGAAUUAUAUGUACGUAUAAGGCAAUCACCCUGUUCUUAGAACCGUUGAUACGAGAGGCGAAAGAUAUCGAUUCUAAGGAGAAAAAGGACCAUGGACUCGGGCUCGGGGAUCAUCUCGUGGGCUUUCUUAUCUCUCUAUGUGAAAAACCCCUUUGCUGCUUGGACAAAUACAUAGGCGAAGAAACGGCGUAUAAAGAACUCGUGGAUAUUAUAGUGACACACGUACUUCACUUCACCGGAGAUAUAUUAUAUUUUUUGGAUAUUGUCGGCAAACGUAGUAGAAAACUUAUUUCCGUUAAACCGCUACGUAAAUACCGUCAAAGAAACAAGGAACUUUCUUCGCACAGCGACAAGCCCUGCGACUGGACUUUUAAUGUAUCGAAUACAGAGUAUGCUAAUUUUUACUUUUAUAUAAUUACCAAAGAGAACAAUUGGAUAAACGUACCACAAGUAUAUAAUUCUUACUACGUUCUUGAGGCGUGUACAUAUUUUUUCAAGAUAUUGCUAAGCGAAGAUUAUUCAAUCCACAAUGGAUUAAUUUUCAUGGAAAACGUUGUAAAACGGAUUCCACGUCGCUCCGUAGAUUCUGAGGUGUUAAGACUGGAUAUAUAUACAGAGUUGUUUCAACCUAUCAUUAAAGUGAUGAUUUACUCUGAUAAUGAUAAGCAACGGAAGAAGGCAGUACGUGUUUUUCAAGACUAUAUCGAGUUGUUUAACUUGGAAGCUAGAUACACUAUUAUGUUGUAUUUAUAUGAGAUUGCCGAACAUUCUGGUCUGUUGAGCUUCAUCACUGGCAUUUUUAAAUCUUCCAUCAUCGAAUGUCUCGAUUCAACUCCACGAAAUCCCCAGUUUCUCGGAAGGAAUAUGGAAUUGUUAUUGAAAAAGGUUUGCAGUCUGCCACACGGAAGUUCGUCCGAUGUCGUGGAAAUAUCAGAUGAAAUCAUUACUGCACUGAACUUGCUGAGAUUCUUGUUUAUCAGAGAUAAAAAUAAUGAGACGGGCGCUUGGAAUAUGAUAAAUAUGUUAAAAAAGGAUUAUCUGAAUCCGUUGAGAGAAGGCAUAGACUUGUGCAGAGCACAUUGGAGAGUGAAGACGAAAGAUUUGGAGCAACAGAAAAAGGAUUUAGCUAAAGAACAAGAUUACAGCAAGAUAAUGAAGGCUCAUAUGGAAGUUGCAUUGACCGUUGGCGGUGAACAAUUACCAGUUAUGCCGAUCGCUGAAAAAAUUUCCAUUUGUUAUCAAGUGAUAAAUGGUUUAGAUGUAAUGGAAAGUAUUCUUAUACGAGUUAACGAAUGCAUAGACAUGAAUGAAAAAUGUGUGGAAAAGUCUGAUGGAUGUACUGAGUCGAAAUAAGAUCAAUCAAUGAAAAUGUCAUGCUAUUGUAAAGUUGUAAUUGUUGUUUAAGAUUUAAUAAAACCUUUUUUUUUAAAUCUA